UCUUAGCCAAGAUUUCAAUCAUCAGUCGCCUCGCAACCAGGUUGGCAUCGUGUAAAUUCUGCAACAAAUGUUGGCCAUCGUGAUAAUUUCCUUACAUUUCUAGUUGCCACAACCAUCAACCUCCUCCCAAAUCUCGAUCGCGAACCCAAUUAAAUAUGCCCGUCGUCAAAGGAGGAGUGUGGACCAACAUUGAGGAUGAAAUCCUCAAGGUUUCUGUAUCCAAAUAUGGGUUGAAUCAAUGGGCGCGUGUCUCGUCAUUGCUACCGCGAAAAACUCCAAAGCAAUGUAAAGCGCGAUGGAAUGAAUGGCUGGAUCCAAGCAUCAAAAAGAUAGAAUGGAGCAAAGAGGAGGAUGAGAAGCUACUUCAUUUGGCCAAGUUGAUGCCCACGCAAUGGCGAACCAUCGCUCCCAUUGUCGGUCGAACCGCCAACCAAUGCCUCGAACGCUACCAGAAACUCCUUGAUGAAGCCGAACAACGAGAAUCAGGUGGCCUUGGUCUUACUGGACCUGAAGGCGGCGAGACCCAAGCACCUACAGCUGACGACGUGCGAAGACUUCGACCGGGCGAGGUCGACCCAGACCCUGAGAGCAAACCUGCGAAGCCCGACACUAUUGAUCUCGAUGAAGAUGAAAAGGAAAUGUUGAGUGAGGCGCGUGCUCGUUUGGCGAACACGCAAGGUAAGAAGGCAAAGCGGAAAGCUCGAGAACGUCAACAAGAGGAAUCGCGUCGACUGGCAGCUUUACAGAAGCGCCGGGAGCUCAAAACAGCUGGUAUCAACAUCAAAGUAGUGACGCGCAAGAAGGGGCAGAUGGACUACAACGCCGACAUCCCAUUCGAGAAAGCACCAACCCAAGGUUUCUACGAUACUACAGAUGAACAAGUACGAAACGAAAAGCAACGAGCCUCGUUUGAUCCCCGGAAACAUCAGCUUGCUAGUAAGCGCAAGGGCGAGCAGGAGGAUGAGUCCGACAGGAAGAAACGGAAGAGCGACAAAGAUGCUCCUUCGGCCUCUAUGCAAGCUGCCUUGAAGGCUGGGCAAAUGCAAAAGAUCCGAGAGGCUGAGCAAAGCAGCAAGAGAAGAGCACUCGCUCUUCCAGCCCCUCAAGUUAGCGACGGUGAACUUGAGGAUAUCGUUAAGAUGGGCAUGAUGGGUGAACGAGCGAAUAUACUUGCUCGGACCAGCGAGAAUGAUGCUACCAGAGGAUUAGUCAACUCGUAUUCUACCUUGACCUCUCAAACUCCGAUUAGGACACCCAUGGCCCCUCCCCAAGAAGAUCGAGUCGCAAACGAAAUAAGGAAUAUUCGGGCCUUAACCGAGAACCAAUCGGCUUUGCUUGGGGGGGAGAAUGCUGAUCUACAAGAAGGAAGUAGUUCGACAGGAUUUGAAGGUGCCACACCUCGAAAACAAGUAGUGUCGACACCAAACCCCUUAGCCACGCCUCUGCGGGCUGGUAUGAAUGGUGCUGGAGCAACGCCUCGAAGACCAGGCGAAACGCCAUUACGCACACCUCGAGACAGCUUUGCGCUUAAUGCAGGCGACAGAGAGAUGUCCAUGGUUGGAGGUGCGGCCAACGAUAUGCGACUUCGGGAAUUAUCAACGAAGCAUCAUCUCAAACAAAGUCUUGCAUCUUUACCGAAACCGAAGGAAACAGAAUGGGAGCUUGAAAUACCGGAAGAUCAGCAAGAAAUUAUGGUUGUUGAGGAAACGGAGGAAGAUGCCGCAAUACGUGAUCAACGAGAGCGUGCUAUCAGGGAAGCCCAGGAGCAACUGGAGAGAAAGAGACGUACUCAAGUCAUGCAAAGAGGGCUACCUCGGCCAGAAUCCGUCGAUUUCGAGUCCCUAAUGCAACAAGCAUCUUCAAUUUCCGAUCCUGUAGAAGCGCAAAUUGCUAGAGAAGCUGCCCUCCUCGUCGCUAACGAUGCUGCCAAAUUUCCGUCAUUGAACUCAAGACCUAGCAGCAAUCCUGUCCAAAUACCACAGAUUGAUGAUGCUUUGCUAGACGACGCCCGUCUACAGAUCCUGGUGGAGGUUAAGAGUAAACCUACCCCUGAAGAGGUCCGGGCAGGUUUGGAACGAGAGGGUAGCAACGCGCUAUUGCUCGGCCUUGGUUGCUAUGAAGAGGAUGAAGAGGAAGAGCAGGUGGCAGCUAUGAAAGCAGCAUUCGAAUCAGUGCAGGAGUCUACAAUGGAAACCGUUGAAAAGUGCGCCAAACUGGAAAAGAAGCUUACUCUCCAUUUAGGAGGGUAUCAGCACCGAGCUAAGAUGCUGCGGUCCAAGAUGGGCGAGGCGCACGAGGCACUUGAGAAGGCCAAUUUUGCCCUCAGUGCGUUCAAGACGCUUGCCGUCUCGGAGGAGAUUGCCGCCAGAAGCCGGCUUGAAGCUCUGAGAGAGGAGGUCGGCUACGUUAGCCGCAGGGAGCGUGAGGCACAAGAGGCAUAUCGCCAAACUAAAGAAGAACUUGAAGCCCUGACGAGCGGCGUUAAUGGGUAUCACUAAAUUUAGCACCGGACAGGGGAUUUGGGGCAUAGAGAUUGUAUAUUAUUGGCGUAGUCAGGCAUGCAUAAGUACAUGUUGUACUACUAAUCACAAACGACGACUGCAACAUAAGGAGAAGGAAAGGGGGAAUCACUCGACGCAGCGCAGAAUUUUCAAGUACCUAAACUGACUUAAAAAUCCUACUCUUAAGAAAUCUCACGAAUUCGAGACGAAAGGAAAAAGCAACGCCGUACCAAUAAACCAAACCA